CAGGAGAACGAGAAGCGAAGCGAAGAGAACGGCAAUGGGUCGCAGUAGGUCGCGGGCCAGAUCCUGUGCGGUAGUGUUAGUCUCUAGUGUAGUGCGUACGUCGAGCCAUGACUAGGCCUAGCGUGUCCACGUCUCGGUUCUGUGCUGGCGGCUUAGCAGUUUCACAUUCCGGUACCGUGUAAUCUCCAGAUGACUUUCUCCCUCAAUGUAACAUUCGUUCCCGAGGUAUCAGCUCAGCAGAUGAAAUGAAGUGUUGUGUCGAUGAUGGUUUAUUUAUUUGACGAGCAAAGCAGGAGCGGAACGCAGGAUGAUCAGUGUCUAACCUUGGACAGCGGAACGGGCGGACAGUUCCAGGAAAAUGGCUGGAGUGGUCGGGUCGCGUUGGGCCCGGAAGGUGUUCUGCUUGGUGUUCGUCUGGGGAGUGGUGAUGUUGGCAGUAAUGCACCUUAGCAACCACUACCAACUGAGCAUUCAACCCAACCCAGCCCACCGCAGCGGAGGAGGCGCCAACAGCCGGUUGCUGCUCAACAAGAUCGUGCUACCACUAGAGGCUACGGUCAGCACUACCAGGGCCGUAGACAUGGGGCUGGAGCCCUUUGUCGACAAGUCACCCAGUCUAUCAGAGGCCAAAAUAAUCGAGAAAGUUCAACAACGCCUUCCUAGUCUUCCUAUAGCAUACUGGAACAAGUAUAAGAAUAAAAAUAUGUUUUACAAAAACGAAAGUUGUGCCAAAUAUCCUAGUAUAUUUGAAUUAGAAUUUAAUAAUAUUUACUGGCAGACUCUGCACACUUCGAAUGGGACAUUCCACUUUUAUGGUGCUUACUACGAUAUCAGGAAGCUGAGCAAGAUCGGCCCGGCGGUGAGGAUACUGGGCAUGAUCAACAGAAUAGAACCCACUGUGAAAACCUACUGUCAGUUUUGGUUUGAGAACCACAAAGAACCCGUGUUCGUCAAGACCAUGGAAUACAAAUAUAUUUGGUAUAAGAAAUGGGGGAAUUACAAACAAGGCAUUUUCCAACCUUACUUGAUCGCUUGUCAGAUCCCUCAACCGUACCACAAACUGGUUCCAUCGUCCGUGUCCGUCGUCGAGAAAGUGUGUGAUAUCGCGAGCAACAACCUGAGGAUAAUUUAUAAUAAGCCUGAAAAGAAAAAAGGAUUUGCAGUCUGUGUGAAAGGGUUGGACUUCCUCUAUGACGACUUGUCCGUACGACUCAUCGAGUGGAUCGAACUCUUGGGUAUACUGGGUGCAGAAAAGGUGUUCUUUUACGAAUUACAGGUACACCCGAAUAUAAGUAAAGUUUUGAGGCACUACAACGAUAUCGGUAAAGUGGAAGUCGUGCCCCUGACACUACCUGGAGGGCAGCCGAAUAUUCCGGGCUUCCAACACUUGUAUUUAACGAAGAAAGUCAAUCACAAAAGGCAAAACGAACUGAUCCCGUACAACGAUUGCCUGUACAAAAAUCUCUACACUUACGAAUACAUCGCUUUAUUGGACAUCGAUGAAGUGAUCAUGCCUGUGAAAGAGAUGUCUUGGAGGGCUCUGAUGGACAAAGCUCUUCCUAAAGCUUUGGCUCUGAAAAACGAAACUAGAGCUUCCUACAACGUCAGGAAUGUUUACUUCUUGGACGAUUUACUACACGAUCACGGAUGGUUCAAGGACAUUCCGCGGUACAUGCACAUGUUACAGCACGUUUAUAGAAGCAAAAACUUCACGAAACCGAACCAGUACGUGAAGUGUUUCCACAAUCCGGAGCGAGCGCUGACGCUCCACAACCACUUCCCACUGGCAUGUCUCAGCUCGGGUUGUACAUCCUAUGCCAUCGAGGUGGAGGACGCACAACUGCAGCACUAUCGCGCGGACUGCGUGAGGACUCUCAAGAAGACAUGUGACGAGUUCAGGCACAACAGUGUGAUCGACACGACGAUAUGGAAGUUCAAAGACACUCUGAUCGCUAGAGUCACCGAGACUCUGAGAACAUUAGGAUACUUUGGAGUAAGUGGUGGGAUCACUUGAUACUAGUAAUCACUUCCUAGUUUCAUAUGUGCCGUCCAUGCCUAUCAUACAUUGUCACACCAUAUCACCUUUAAUUUAUUUUACUGUAUUAUAUGUUGUGAGUAAUUUAGGGAUAGCUACUUUAAGAUAUAGAACUGCAUUUAUUUAUUUAAAGGAAUAAACUGUAAUUAGUAAAUCACAGAGUGCUGCAAACUUGUGAUACGCUGCGUGAACGAUUUCAUAAUAAUAUUGUUUAAGCUAUACUGGAUUUAAGUAGUUAAGUAAAUUGACUGCAGUUUCAAGAUUUAUUAUUGUUUAAGUACGGAUAAAUGUGUUGUAAUAAUGUUAGAAGAAUACAGCUCAUAAAUAAUCUUUCAUCAAAAUACGAAUAAGAAUUCCACAAUAGAUAUUACUAAAACUUAAUUUUUUAUAAAGGUUCUCUAUAAAUGUAUUAACUUGCCCUUUUAUUCUAAAAUGAUAUGCUGGCUCAUUAUAAUUAAUUUAUAAGACAUCUCAACUACCCAUAGAAAGAGUUUAAAUACUGUUAUUCUUAACUUAUUUUAUUUGUCGAUACUUUAAACUUACUUUGAACACUUGUAUGAUCUCAAAUAUUGCAUAAGUUUUCACAAAAGUUUUGACAGUAUUAUGAAAUUUUUUAAUCUGAAUGGUACAAAUCAAGAGAUGGUUCUUGCUUCUAUAAGAUAUUUUAGUUACUUAUGACUGUCAUUUUAUGUCUUAUCAGCCAAAGUUCUUGAUCCUGCGAAGGAAUAUUGUUCAUUAUAAAUAAAAAUGACUCGUUGAUCAAUUUGAAAUAAAUAGUGCCUUAGCUUCAACAGAUCUUCUGGAUACUGCUAUUCUAGAAGAGUAAAUUAAUAAGAAAGAACUAGUAUUAAUGGAAAUUGAUGUAAAUAAAAUAAAUUUAAAUGCAUUUACUAUAACUUUAUAUUAGCUGAAGGAUGUAAACUUAGUCACACAAGGACACAUCUGUAAAUUGGCCAAAUUGAGUAAUUAUACUCUGCAUUUUUAAUUUUAAGGAUAUUUUGGUACUCUGAUGGUACUUUAAGGCAUCUAGUUUUGAGCUCAACAUUUAGUACCGUAUACAUACAACAACACUGUUAGGCAUACAAAAUAUUGUUCACAUAUACUUGUUUUGGUGCUUAGAAAUAUGUCUAGUAUAAGAUACAUUGUUACAAAAAUGCAUAAUAUAUUGUGGUUAUGUUCAUGUACUUCAGUGAAUGCUAAUACAUACAAUUGGGAUAGCACAUAAUGGGGGGGAGGGGUUCUGAGGGGUCCUCUCCUGAAAAACCUUGCAGUUGUAAUUGUAAAGUGGUGCAUUUUCAGGCUAUUUGUUGGUAGAUUUGUUUGAUUUUCUUAUCUUAUGCAAUUAUGUAGCAAUCUCAAUUGUGUAUUCAGUUUUAAAACUGGUUGACUGGAAUGUAUAAUUUAUUAUUACACUUAAAGAAAGUUUAAAAUGUUAAAUCGACACACUUCCACCAUUUAUUACCUAUUACUAAAUUGAGAUCUUUUUAUAAUAUUAUUUAACCUUGAAAUAUAAAUUUUAAAAUGUUGUUUUCACUUUAUAUAUUAUUUUAGCAAUUCUUAAGUCAAAUAGAUUCCCAGGCACAGUUUCACUAAUAUUCUCUAUUGUGUGAAGAAGCAUCCAUCAGCUGUGUCAGUAUGGUAUCUAGAGUGUUUAGACCACAUGUUGUCAUUAUAGUGCCUAUAUUGGCUGGAGCAUCAUAUUGUGUAAUAAUGGUGUCUAGGGCAUCAUUUCAGGUAAUUAUUGUGUGGGUUGGCUGAAGUAUCAUUGUGUGUCAUCAGGCGUGACUGGGGCAUCAUUUUGUAUCGCCAUACUGUGUAGUCUGGCUGAGGCACCAUUUUGUACCAUUGUGAUUGGUGCAUUAUUUUAUGUCAUCAGUGUGUUACAUUGACUUCUUGGCUUAAUUUUAAACUUAUUAUCAACAAUCGUUGACUUUCCUUCUUUUGGUAAAGCCGAUAAAAUAAUAAUAAUAGUUUUAUUUUCUCAAAAUACAUUAGAUUGCAUGCUUCAUAUCACUAUCUCAUUGUUUAUCAACCUUCAAAAUAAAGUUGAGAUUAAAACUAAUUAAAACUAAAAUGCCAGCUCUGACUGGCACAACAAGAAAAUGCCAGCUCUGACCGGCACAACAAGAAAAUGACCUAUUUAAAAAGAUAAUUAUUACAGGCUAAUGGUACCAAUUCAAAAAAAUCAAAAGCAAUAACAAGUAAUAACUCUUAAAACAAAUAAUACAUCAAUAAUAAUUAUUAUUUAUACUAUUAUAUAAAAAUCUAAUGGUGUAUGUAUGUGCUCAUGUGUGAGUUUGUAUUCACAUAUAUUACUCAAUCAUGUAAAAACUACAUCACCGAUUGUACCGAAAUCUUUAUAUGGACAUUCUUACGGUCCCUGGUUAACACAAUGGCCUAUUCUUAUUUCAAAAGUUCCUCCAGGCUAUGCACCACUUGUCUCUAAAGUUGCAAAAACUUACAAGGCAAGCUCAACAUUGGCAUUGAAAAUAUAUUUCACUUGAAUCAGAAGUCUCAUACACAUGCAAAGCCAACGAAAUUGUGUGCCAAGCUGCGGAGAGCUGCUAGUAUUAUAUACUAAUUUCUUACACACUAGAAGUUAUUGUUUUCAAACUAUCAAUAGAGGUGAAAAUACGAGUACAUUACAAAUUAAAACCAAGCUAACUAAACUAAAUUACAAUACCAAGUAGUUUGGAGCCAAAGUCCAAUUGUAAAAACCCUAUUAGUGACAAAAAGUAGUCUUUUGGUAAAUUACAUUUCAAACUCUUUUUUUUAAUAGUAAAGACAAAACUGCAAACUGGGUGUUUUGGGUCUUGUAUGCUUAUACAAGAAUACAUUGAUUCCGUAAACUUUCUCUCAAGCCAACCACCAAAAACUUAAGGUACCUCCUGCCGCCAGCUUUAUCACAGACCCGUGACCCCAUAUAAGCAUACACCAGACCAAAAUAUCCCUUAUGUCAGACACAGGAAUCAAACCGGCAACUCCAAGCCCAACUUCUGUGUCCGAGAGUAGCGUAUUAGACCACGCAGCAAUCCUAACUUACUGUCUCACUUACGAUUUCACUGUACCCUGAUUCUACCCUUGAAAAGUCACAGAGGAGCAUGUAACGUUUGUUGCUUUUAUAAAAAAAAGUUGGAUCUGGAUCAACACUAACAAAAUUUGUAUAAAAAACACAUUUUGCCCAAAAUAUCACUAAUGGGGUUUUUACAAUUAAUGAUUCAACUGUAGUUCCUUAUUUUCCCAGAUUAACAAACUAUUAAUUGAUACAUUUAAGGAACAGUCAACCUCAGUAACUAGACUGCAUGAGACAUUCACGUGUAUUCCUCGUCCAUCUUGCACUCAUAGUCCAUACGCCUUAGAGUUACACACUUGACUGAAAGAUAGUUUGAGUGUUUCUCGCUUUCUUGUGAGGAUUUAAGUCUAACAAAGUGCUAAUAUUUACACCUUCAAGCUUAGGUUACUCUGGACCUAUGCUGCUGGUACAUAUAGAUUAGUUUUUGUUUGGACUGGCUCAAAUGUUUGUUUAAUACUUGAUCAAGGUGUCAUAUUGAUGUAUUUUAGUGGUAUAUAUAGUUAUUUCUGAGCGAUCCAACAUGCAAGGGUGAUUACGCAAUCACAUUGGUUGGGAAGAAGAUUUAUAUAUUAUAUUGAAAUUCUGAUUUUGUUAAAGAAAGUUAUUUUAACAAAUAAAAAAAUACAGUAGUACAGUACCGGUAGUUAUAAAUAUAUUUUCUUGUGUUUCGCUGAUGUAAUGAGAAAUUGACUCUGAAAUAGAAGUCUUUGCUUAUUUCAUUUUAAGGGUUGUAUAUUUUGGAGGAGAUCUGGCCUCCUUAUACACACCACUAGUAUAUUUAUUUACUUUAGCAGAGUCCUAUUUGUUCCAAAAAUCCACUUAUCCUCCGACUCACCAAAGACAUCCAACUAUGUAUUAGCCACUCGUAAAAACCCCUCCAACCAUGACAACACUUUAAUCAGCUUGAUUGUGAGAAUCACACAUACAGUAUAUAAAAUUUAGUUAUUGUUAAAGCAUAAAAAAUGCAUAUUUUUAUACUAUUUGACAACAUAUUUCAUGAGAGGGUCACAUUGUGUCUAAAAAUAACAGUUGGACUUAAAAUUUGAAACUCUUAAGAUAGAUAAAAUACUAAACACUCAAACCCCUGCUAAAGAACAAUUGUAAAUGUCAUACCAAUAUGGCCUGAGGCAUGGCCAGAAACCUGAGGCAUGGCCAGAAACUUGAGGCAAUUAGCAUAAAAUAUCCACAAUAAGAAUUUUUUCUUUGUAACUCUUGCCUUUUAUUCCAAACAAUAGACAAGAGCAAUACUACAAUUAAAGAGGACUCGGACUAAAGCUUCCCUUUGUGAAGCAUAUGAUAAGAAUCUUUGUCAUUUAAAACACUGCUUUGCAUACACAGGAAAUCUUGGUAUUUUUCAGGACUUCGAGAUCUCAUUUCUUUACAUUUCAGCUUUUACUGACCACCACUGUUGCGCUAAGAAACCCAUGUUUUAAAUUAUUAUGGUACUAGUGUACUGCCAUUUUUCUCAUACUUAUAUAAUCUAGAAUAGAAAACAGUUAAUUAUUUUUAUAAUUACUUUAGUCUUGUCACCCCAACAAUGUUGGCUAGCAGCAGACACGAUCUGGUAUUCCUUCUUUCAUCAAUCUUACUCGUAAUAAUAUAAAUUUAGUCUGUUAAUUUCAAGCUUGUAAAGAUCAAACACGUUCUCAGCGUAAGACGACUUGAAAUGAGCAUGCUGUUAAUCUUUACAGGAUCACUUUGAUAACAAUUCAUCGAGUGUGAAACGACUGGCAGAAAGAGCUUCGUCAUAUUUUCUUCCCUUUAAAGCUUCAAUUCUUUGAGCUUUCCUUGGAAGCUGAUCAAGAGUGGACUUUGGAAAGAAUUGAUGUAUUGCAAGGUAUUCUUGCAAGUCAUCUUGAUUUUUUAACAUUUUCGUCCAAAGACUUGAUAUCUGGUUUUUAAAGCCAUUAACAACCGGUUAAGUUGCUUCCAUUAGCUUUUCCUUAUUCAUCUCUUGCAGUGAAACACAAUAUCGUAUACAAAGGCUGCACUCUCAAUUUUAUCAAGUGACCUUUUCUCACAUUCUUUUAUAUCAUUCUAAGUUCACACUUUGGUUAACUAAUUUUUCAAUUUAGUCUCACUGCCCCUCAGGAUCUCAAUACGAGAAAUAAGGAAAACAUGAACAUGAUGAGCGGAAAGUUGGAAUAAUGACAUUAUUUAUAAGGUAAAUUUACAUUAUCUACAUAGCAAUGUUUGUUAUUUUUCAAACAAAAACGCAUAUAACGUAAAUGGAAAAGCAACACAAAAGAAUUUAAAUGCUAGUCUUAAAAAUAAAAAAAAUCCAGUAGUAUUUGUAGGAUCCCCCUUAUUUAUUGUAAAUUUAUAAUGUGCUCAUCCCUUAAAUCACAAAAUAUUACUAUAUAUUAAUCACAAAUUAAUGUUCAACUUAACUUUAAAAAUAGUUUUUAUAGUGAAAAAAAUCAACUGGCACCAUUUCUGUAAAAACAAAUGUAGUAAUUUCAUAACGUUCUGCUUAGGUCUUAUGAUCUUAAAACGUAUCUUUUUAAACCCUCUCUGACCAAUUAUAAUUCGUACUAAUAAUCCAAUUAACUGUUAGUACAGAUUAAAAUUAAAGUCAGAGUGAGAAACUAAAAGAAGCGUUUUAAAACCAUAAGAACUAAGUCUAACAUUAAAUUACUGCAUAAAUAUUCUCAAGUUUGCAGAAGGAGAUAACUAAAGAUUUAUGAUGCUUUCACAUCAAUAUCAGUGACUUAUAAUUAUAAUGUGCUCAAUUUAUACCAUUAUGUGCUGUAGGUUUUAAAUCUUCCAUAUGAUAAUGAUUAUUGUGUUUUGAAAUCAUACUGUUAUUGUGCAUGUAUUAAAAUUUAGCAACGAUAUAACUGUAUUGUUCCUAAUUUCGACCAUAAAGUUUUAUUAUAUA